UCAGCAACCCCGGCCACAUUUCACGUCUGUCGACUAACUGGGCUAAUUUCACGGUCUGAUGGGCAGACAGGGGCAGACCUUACCGUCGUCACUGGAGACCUCGAUUUCUGCGAUUUCAUUUUUUUCCCCCUUCUCUGUUUAACUGUGUCUGUGAAUCCGGAGGAGGAUGAAACAGUGGUGGGUGUUCACCUGGCGUUCCCUCUCCCAUCGUGACUGGAGCGGUCCGACUCCUACAAUUAAGCGGUGACUCACCCAGAUGAUGGCACGACGAGUCAGCGCCGCCCAGCUGGGAGACGGAAAUCUGUUGCCCUCUGUGGAGGACGACUACAACUUUCAGGAACGCUUGUGUAACUUGUGUGUUGAAGUGGUGAUACAUGAAGUCCUCAUCAGUUUGUUUGUCCUCUCUUUCCAGGCAUUCAUUGCUGUGGUAUUUGGCCUGUCAAUCAAACCGUGUGGGUGGUACUGGGAAGUAUUGUGCCUUUCCAGUAGUUUGACUCGCUGCAGGCAGCUUUCUUUUCUUUGUUGACCGAAAACCAAACCAAAUGAAAGAUCUUAUUUAAAUGAAUUGUUCGACAUUGUGAGAAAAUGCGUGCUAUCACUGCCACUGUGUUGUUAAGUCCUGAUUUCCUCUUAAAAAAAAAAAGACAACACAGACGUCUUACUUUGUCCUCUCUCCUCUUCAGGCUCCAAUGAGAGGCUCUCCAUGAUGAGGAGCUAACACUGUCGGCCGCACAACUGCAGGAAGAGACGUGGCCGCUGCACCAUCCACAGUCGACGCAUGGCGGUAUUAGGGAACCCCGACAUGCUGACGAGGAAGAUAAAGCUGUGUCACAUCAACGCCCACAUCACAUGUCGUCUGUGUGAGGGCUACCUGAUCGACGCCACCACCGUCACCGAGUGCUUACACACCUUCUGUAGAAGUUGCCUAGUGAAGUAUCUGGAGGAAAACAACACGUGCCCCACGUGUAGGAUUGUUAUUCAUCAGAGCCAUCCACUGCAGUACAUCGGCCAUGACAGAACAAUGCAAGACAUUGUCUACAAGUUGGUACCGGGACUUCAAGAGGCGGAGAUAAAGAAGCAGAGGGAGUUCUAUCAGAAGUUAGGGAUGGAGGUGCCUGGAGACAUUAAAGGGGAGCUUUGCAACAUGAAGACUCAUCUAGAUCAGCGCAAUGGUGAUGCAAAAUCAGAGGACACGGCCAAUAAGGAGCCAGGAGAGGAGAAACCAGAAGAGGACAACGACUAUCACCGUAGCGACGAGCAGGUCAGCAUCUGCUUGGAGUGCAACAGCAGCAAGCUUCGAGGUCUGAAGCGCAAGUGGAUCCGCUGUUCAGCACAAGCCACGGUCCUCCACCUCAAGAAGUUCAUCGCCAAAAAGCUUAACCUGACAUCAUUUAAUGAGCUGGACAUUUUAUGCAAUGAGGAAAUCUUGGGGAAGGACCACACUUUGAAAUUCGUUGUUGUGACAAGAUGGAGAUUUAAGAAAUCUCCCCUUCUGCUCCAUUACAGACCCAAGAUGGAUCUGCUGUAGCUAAAACGGACACAACGGUUGUUUCUUUCUUUUUCUUUUUUUCUUUUUGGCCCGGUGGCUGCAGACUGUGCCGAAGCUUUUUUUUUUAUUUAUGCAAAGACGAUCAACCAACACCAAGCAAACACCCGGCGGUUAAAGUCAGCAUAAGCCAGCAAAUUGGGACCUGAAGGGGGGGACAAAUACAACACAAAACUGGCAACCUCCAGCACAGGUACUGCAACACUGGUGUGUUUUUAGGAACUAAAACAACCAUUUUUUUGUCCGCUACGUCCUAGAUAUGUGAACAAAACAAAACAAAAAAGAAAAAAAAAAACAAAUGGAGAGAAAGCAUAUAUUUAUACUUUUGUACAGAAGAGACACAUGGAACCAAGACACUACUGGUGCUCUGUUUACACGCAAACAAGAUGUCGGGAAUUACGUGACCGUCUUUUUGAGCUUUGUGCAGAUUUCAUCCUCCUGAGACAAAGACUGAGAAGAGAGGAGGAAGAUUUUUAUAUAAAAAGGUGUUUUUUUUUUUUCUUUUCACAGUACACUCGACAUGUCUUGCGAGCACAGAAAGUAUAUGGAAAAGGUUAUAUAACAGGCAUCAACUUUAAGCUGUUUAUCAAGUAAAUUGUCUCUGAAUCUUUUUUUGUUUUUCCAUUUCAUUUUUGUUGGCUUUGUCUAAUUUGCUAUUGGGUUCUUGAUGAUUGUCAAUUGUGAAUAGGCUAAAAUUCUUUGUGUAGUAAUUUAUGUUCUAUAUACCAAUAUUGUACAUAAAAUGUCAUUACAGAGAAAGAGAGAGAGAGAGAUUGAAGAGAGUAAGAGAGACUUUAGACUGUUAAAAAAAAAAAAAAAAAAAGAGUGGAUCCCAGAAGUGCUAUCUAUAUGUUGGGCAAAAAGUGUCCGGAGGUGAUAAAUUAGGAUUUUUAAAGACAGACUCACUAUCAGUAUCAAAAUAUAUAAAUGCAUCUUUAUGUUGUCUGAGAAAGACACAAAACAAAUAUAUCAAAUCCUUUGCCAUUUGUGUGUAUGUGGGGUCUAAGUAUGUUAGCAUUGUUCUCAUAGCAUUAAGACUUCAGGGCAGAUCAGGAGAGAGCUUCAGAACUACCCCCACCCCCAGCCCCCAUGCUCCUUAUCUCACUGCCUGCUCUAAAGUACAGUUACCGUUGUCUUUUUUGGUUCUUUUCUUUUUUUUUUUUUUUUUUUUACAUCAUUUUGCUAUACAAAACACAAAACAUGUCCGUAAAUGCCUGCAAGACACAAAAAUGCAAUAUUUUGGCAGAGGACUUGUUCAUUUUUUUUUAUAAAUUUUAAUCUUCGUUUUCACACCAUGCUGUUGUUAGUAUCCGUCCCUGUGCUUCUGCAGUCUUUCAGCAGCACCAGGCAGGUAAAUGCUGAUACACCCACAUGUUUACAGCUUUUAGUUGGAGCUGCUAGCAGCAGAUGUUGUUGGCAGCCUGCACUCUUAUGCCAUGCAUUUCCAUGUGCUAUGUUUGUUGAAAAGUUACUGCAAAACUCUCCCAAAGCUGCAACAGAAGUGAUUUUUGUCGAUGUAAAAAUAUACACCAGUCUCACUCUUCGUCUUAACAGCCUCAGCAGAGCAUGGCGUCCUUUUUGCCCCAAGUUAAAUUCUGGUGAUAAGUACGGACAUUUUAUUGCCCACAGGAAGUGAAUUGACAUUUGUAAAAUAAGAGCAAAAUAUAGUCAGCAAGGUAAACUAUGAAAGCACCGCAGACGGGCCGCUUUGAUAAAGAUGAGUGCAGAUUACUGAUGUCACGAUGUUGUGUUUGUUGGGUAUAUUUCAGUUACUUCUCACUGCCAGUUGGAGUUGCACAGUGUUUAAGAAAAUCAAUUUAAGAACAUUUCAGAAAGUUGCAUGAAUAUUGUUUUCUUCACAAAGUCAAUAUGAAGCUUGGAAUUUUUUGCAGAAUAGCCAGUGUUCAACAGCGUUGACUUCACAAGACACAAAUUUACAAGUCUUUUUGAGAAAUAACACAAAUUCAGGUUUCACACAGGGACUGAGGUUUUUUUGAACAUUUUGAUAAUGAAAUUCUGAGUAAAAUGACUACUGUCUGGUCAUUUGGUGCUUAUAAAUGUAUGUUCCUCAGAAACAUGCUGUUCUUAACUGUGUGACACAGCAAACCAAUGUUCUGUGUAAUGAGAAAAUGUCUUAACUCACAAUGUUCAGAGCAAACUGCUAAACUGUCUUCAACAUUACCACAACUGGAUCCUUAAACACCAUGUCAGACCUCAAGUAGUAUUACCUCACUGAUCUGUCUGGUCAGUAUUGAAAUGAUAAUUAUUUACCCUUUUUCAUUGUAUCUGCCCACAAUGAGCUGUUUUGUCUGUUUGUUCACGUGCCGGGUUCCUAUGCAUCCAUAGUCAUUUUAAAAAUGUUUGAACUUUGAAUUUGGAUAAAAAAGUCUGAAGAAAAACUUUGGUCCACUCAUGAUACACAUACAUUGGUUGGAAAUCCUCUGAUCAGUGUAUCGUUCUGUUCGAAGUUUUGUAUAGUGAUGUUCAGGUGGAGUCGGUCAUGUCAUCCACCGCUGUGCAACAUCUGUCACAGUGUUGGAACCAACAAUCUGGAGAGUUUGGGAUUUGUAAAUGGAAAAUGUGUAGGAACCCUGACACAUAAGGACCUAUGACUUGUGUAUAAAAUCAGCAUUUUUUAUAGCCUACAGGUCUGUACCAAACCAGCUGCACCAAAACCCCUCCUGCACUCUCUGAUAUCAUGUCUGCAUGUCUCAGUUCACCCUGAUGGUAACUGUAUCCAGGUACCUGUGUAAAGUCUUCAUUGUUUUUGGUUUUUUAAGCCAUUUUAUACCUAAAAUCAUGGAAAUAGAUUCAAACAGCCCCUUAUUCAGUUUGGAGUUGUGCCAGAUUCUUAGGCCCUGGUAUACCUACUUGCAGGUCUAGGUGAAAAUCUGAUUAUAAAAUUAUAAUUUGCAGCACAAACAUUCUGCCUUUAAUCAUCAAGGACUUUGAGUCUUGUAUUUGCUCCUCGUUUCUCUCUUCUUUCGUUUCGGUAAACGUUCUGUGAAUAUUGUUAUUGCACUUUGUUAACAAAAAACAACUUUUUGGAGCAUAGAAACAAACAAAAUCAGAAACUGGUGUUUUAACUGAGGUAAAAAUAAUUUUUAAAUGCUGGUCUACCCUCAAAAACCAUUAUAAAACCAAAAACAAGGAGCCUUACAUGUUUGGUCAGCUCAUGAAAGAGUGUUGUGUUAAUACUUGGUGAAAAUGCCUGCAAACAUAAUGUAAUUACUGGAUGCUGUUGUGUCUUUGUAAGUGCAGACUUGGUGUUUUAAAGGCUUAUACCCAGAUCAUUUCAUAGAAGUGAGGCCAGUGUCAAGUUAAUUUCCUCCAGUUGUCGAAGACGCUCAGUUUUUAGUGGUGAAACUGGCCCUGACCCUGGAGCCACUCGUCCGGCAUUUUAAUGUUAUUUUUCCAUUCAGAUGUUUUCCAUUCCAUUCAGAUGUUUUCUCCUCCUGUAAUCAUUCAGUCUGUUUAGGAUAAAAUCUCUUAAACGUUACAUCGGCUUUUUCCUCAGGCUGUGAAACACCCAACAAGGUGCUACUAUGACGAUGACUACAAACAAAAAAUGUUAUCGGCGCAUUCGUUUGUGUUGUGCUGAACACUGCAUAGCCUGCUCUGUACUGUUCAGAGGAACUGGCAUUGAAACGUGUGACGUUUGUGCAUUUUUAUUCCCCCUUUUGUUUCACAUGGUUGCGUUCACACUGCACCACUGUUCAGGUUUUUCUCGUUCACAUCAGAUUUUCCUCAUUGCUUGUGAAAAGAAAAAAGGAAGAUUGCCUUUUUUUAAAAAAGAAAAUAGCCUGUUGGUACAUUUUUGGUCCAAAUAAUAAUGACGAUGAUGAUGAUGAUAAUACUAAAAACAAAAACUCAGGUGUGUAACUUCAAAGAAAAAGAAAUUCACGAAAGGCAUGGGGGAAAAAUAUCUAGGAGGAAGUGUUAGGGACAAAACAGGAGUGAAAAAAUGACUCGAUGAUGGACUGCAACUUUUCUGUUAGCACUAUAAUGAAAGCCAAUCUUACUUGUCUGUAAUUGGCAGUUAACAUCUUCUUCCUGUACUGUUGUUAGGUCAAAGUAGACACGAACAAACACACAAAAAUUUGAUGUGGGACAGUUUGGAUUUACAACACAAAAGGCUGCAGUGUGAACAAAACCUUUUACUGUAGUUUUGGAGUAUUGUUCCAAGAAGCCUGUGAUAUGUGUGAUGGACGGGGACGGGACCUAAUGGAAACGGUGGGGUCUUCUUUUUUGGAGGGGGGGGCUUUGCCACAGUGAUGGUCACCAAUGGUCUCUGGUGCUUUUUAAAUGGUGCUACCGACUCCUUGUUUCAAACUUAGGACUCCUUCAAGAGAGAUUCAGUCAGAGAUGGGAAAGCAUGGUGCUUCAAAAUUCUCCUGUUGCUUUUUUUUUUUUUUUUUUUUUUUGGUAUGCGUGUCCUUGGGUGUCUUCUCUUGUCAGAGCUGCCUCGCUGUGCAGAUAAAGAAGGUGCUGGCUUUUUUUUCCAUUUCUUUUUUCAUUGACUUGUUGGGUUUGGUUUACCCACUUGCCUAGACUUGCUCUGGAAAGCAAACGGAGAGGGUUUUCACAUAAGUCAGACUGUGACGGGUCUGAAGCUGGUGAGAAAUUGGGUGUGCUCACUGCAAUUUCCUGCCUCAAAGAGAGACUCACACUUAUUAUAGGCUUCUCUUGUGAGAUGUUUGUGCCUCUGAGUCAGAUUGAGACUUGCUUCAUUCUCUAACACCUAAUUGGUCCUGCAAGUCUAAAACUUCCAUGACCAUAAACGCACAUACAAAUGAUUUUGUUUUUAUACAUUUCCAAAGUUCUCUUGAACUCUUCGGACCUUCUCACCACCAACGUGUGAACAUUGCCGGCCGCACGCUCCACCUCCCGUGCACCAGAAUGGAUCAAUGUUUACGCUUUUUAUUGGCACCAGCAUUGAGACAUCAGUGCCGCUACGCUUGACAGCCAAGCUAAGAGGCUUACAGGAGGCUCGACUCUGCCUGGCUGCAGAUAGGGGUCGGUAUCAGCUCUGAAAGCUCGCUGGCAUGGAGCAGGGCCAGGAUCUGUCAGAGUUUCAGCUCUUGUUUUCAUCUUCUCUGCUUUGACCUUGAACACCUGUCAGCCUGUUUGUUAUCUCCUGCUGGGAUCCGGGGGGAGCCACGUGAAAUUUUGAUUCGAGGUGGUUUCACAGCUUCACGUGGACUGUCGAUACCAGCAUCAUGUGAAGACGAGUAAACAAUUCAUUCGGGCCGCUUUGUGCAGUUUCUGAACUCAGAGGCAUCUCGGAGGCUUGCUCUCUGAAGGCAGCAACAUUCAUUUCAGCAUUCAUUUCAAGUUUGUUGGCAGCAGAAUCAGUCCUGGCAACUUAAAAUGGCUCCUCUGUGUUUACUCCGCUGUAAUAAGUGUCCACUCGAGAGCGUGAUAGCUUUCUUUGUUGCCCAGCUCACUCUUUCUCCCUCAUUUCCGAGUUCUCAGUAAAGCUCAGUAAUCUCACAGGCGGGCGUUGUGUGAGAUAGAGAGGGAGACCUCGAGGGUCACUCAGACGGCUACAUGGACUAAAACACACUCCAAAAAAAAAAAUAGAUUGUCUGGCCGGGUUGGCACGGCGCUGCUGCUGCUGCCGCCACCU